AUUUCGAUCCUGUUCUGUAACGCGCCGUCCAAUCGCGGCCGAUCUCUGCGUGUUCCGGUUCUUUGUCAUCAAUGGGUCGCCGGGCGAGUCCAUUUCGAGUGCCACUCAAAAACGUUUUCCGCGAUAUCUGAGCCAGCUUCCUCGUCAUGAAACGCUUCUCGAUCAAUCGCUCGAGGGUGUCGCGGUGAUCGCAGCGAGCGAGCCGACAAGGAAGGACCCGGCGCGAUCGCGGUUAGGCCCUUUCGGCAUUAAUGAGCGGCGGCCACUUCAGCUGACUGCGUCGUACGCAAGGCUACUCGCUACUCGCUAUCGCAGUAGUAACCGGGCGCGCGGGCGAGGCGCACGCGGAAUGUGUCGCAGGCUGCACCGGGCCGAGCCCGCGGCGAGCCCCCACUAGCUGCCCCGGGGCCCACGACGGCCGCGCCGGCGGCUGCCGCCGCAGGCGCGAGGAUGCUCAAGUUCCUGACCCACAAGCUGCGGACGCAUUCGUUGAAUGAGGAGAGCGUCUCCGAAAAGGUGGAGGAGCGCGACUCCGGCACCGAGUCCGACGACGAGGCCGAGCGUGCCGACGCCGGUGAUUUUUGUACUGACGUCAUCAUGAAGUGGAACGACGUCACAGAUAUAAACGCGUGGAGCGCGGGCGCGGGCGCGGCGUGCGCAUGCGCGGCGACGGCGCCCGCGGCGCGGCCGCUGGCGCCGCCCGAGCCCGACCUGCUCUACGACCACCACUCCUCGGAAGAGGAGCUCGAGGUGAUCAACGCGGCCCGCGCCGCGGCGCCGGCGGGCGCGGCGCGGCUGGAGUCGCGGCGCCGCGCCGCGUCGUCGCCGCCGCCCGCCGCGCCCGAGAAGCGCAAGUGGCCGCAGCCCGCCACGCGCCCGCUCGAGUCCGACGACGACGACACCAAGGUGGAGACGCCGGUGCGGUUCCGCACGUCCCCGCCGCUGGAGGCGCUGAAGCCGCGGCGGGCGGGCGGCGGGGGGGGCGCGGGGGCGGCGGGCGCGGGGCCCGCGGGCUGCGGCUGCCGCGCGGCCGACGCGCGGGCCGAGGCGCGGCGCCGCCGCGUGGCGCUGCCGCCGAGGAGGCACCGGCCUGCGCUCGACUUCGACAAGAUGCAACAGCUAAAAGUGGGCGGGGCAGGCGCGGGCGUGCGCUCGUGGCGAGCCGUGGGCGGCAGCCACGGCGGCGAGCUGUCCGUCUUCUGCUGGUGAUGGCGCCAGCACCCACCACUCCGCUACACCACGCACGAUGAGAGGCGCGCCGCAGCUCGGGUCGGCUGCGCGACGUGAGCUGCUGCACGGGCGGCGCUGGGGACGCCGCCCUGGGGCCGCUGGGGGACGCCGCCCGGCCGCGGUUUAGCGGCGCCGGCGUCGCUCGGCUCUUACGAUGCUAAGCUUCAAGGCCGAGACUACGGAGCGCUAGACGGAAGCCACUCUUUUCUGUCAUACUAUUCUAGCACGUUUCGAAUAAUAUACGUCACUGUAACAAUUAAGCCACCGAGGCCGCAUUGGAAGCACCAUCUUGUAAAGAAUGAGCUCGUUCAAUCUUCUUUAUAAUCUUAAUUUUUAUGAGUUGUAGGCCAUGGCCACCAUAGAGCAACACGGGCCUCCGGCGGACCAGAGAUGGUCACGGAUGGUGGUCAUCCAGCUUAAAACAUGACACCAAAUUUUGAUGACACAUUUUUUAAAUAUUUUUUAAUGAUCUCACUGCUCAACUCUUACUUGAAUAAGGAUAAAUAUAUAUUACGGACGACUUUUGUUUACCUAAAAUAGAUCUGCGAAAUAUCGUAAAGCUACUAAAGAGACGUAUAAGAAGAUUGGGUGAGCAUAUUUGAAAAGGGAUAUAACCCAUUUAUCCAAGUGCAAAUUAUCUAAAACGAGAGAUUCUGCGUCCCGUGUGAAUGCGGCUUCGGUGCGGUACAGGCAUUGUUUCGUUACACGCAAAUAAUGAUCAAGUACAAAGUGACAUUGUAAUGAAACAUCGCACACACCGCGACCUGUGCACGGGCCCCGUGUGAUGUGGUGUGUAGUUGACGACUGUCCGCGACCACGCUCACGCGGCUACUAAACGCCACGGUUCGAUACUCUCCGCAUUAGCAAGUAUUCAGGGCAUCUCUGAACAUGAACAAAACGCUUACCAUGUUCUUUUUUAUGCUAUUUUAAAAAGAUGUUCAGGCAGCUUCGUAAGCGACUACUGCCAACACAAUCAAUGCAAACAUUGUGAUACUUUUCAUCGCGUGCGUGACGUGGCAUUUAGUGACGUGUUUCUAACAACUGAUUUGUCAACAUUUUCGAAAUAUUUACUAUUUUUGAAUACUGUUUUCACUGUUAUAAUUUGGUCCGAAGGACUGCACGUUCUACCUAAAUUGUAAAAGCAAGUGAUGUUCGUCUGUCGCGUGGAGCAACAUUGUACGGUAUACAUCGGCACCGACGCAAAGAACAUUUCAUCCCGUUCUUAUUCUAGAAUCUAUGACGAUUCUAUAAACAAAGUACAGAGUGUCGAUGUAUAUUGCCGCUAUGCCGUGCUUGUAUUACGAACGAUGCCAUCGUUAGUUACAUUAUUACUUUAAUCGUCGAAUGUGAUAAAUGGUACGUUAUAUCCCGGCGAGGGCGCAGCCCCGCGCCCGCCACCUUGAUCUCGAAUUGCGACUGAUACGAGUGCCUGUGCGGGCGGGCCGCCCGCGGCCUGCCUGGCGCACACACUCCCGCUACACGUGAUUCCUUCGUAGAUAUAUUUUAUCAUUUAAAAUGUCAAUUGAUAUGAUGACGAGCGGCGGGUCACCCCGCCCGCGCGGCCGCAGCGGACAGCCGCUCGCCAUUUGUACAAGUGUCGGUUGUACCCUAGUUAUAUAAUUAUGUUAGUAGUUUUAGCAGGGUUAAAUUCUGUUAUUCUUAUUGUGUUACACGGAACGAAACGAGUUAUAAAACAACAUAAUAAAAUGUGGUGCGAGUGGAUUCAGUGAAUUUAACGAUAAAGACAUUUAACAAAUUUUCAAAUUAAUAUGAUAAAAGUACUAAGACUUUUUUAAAUCGCUUGGAUAAAGAUCGUAUGUACAUAGCGUUAAGUUAGUAGUAAGUGCAGACUUAGAUGUAGUAGGUAUAACAAAUUGUAGGAGGCGCGCGCCGCCGACGUCUCUUUAGUGACGUCAGUCGCUGCCAGUCACCGUCAGUGACGCCAGUCACCGCCAGUGACGCCAGUCACCACCAGUGACGCCAGUCACCGCCAGUGACGCCAGUCACCGCCAGUGACGCCAGUCACCGCCAGUGACGCCAGUCGCCGCGGCUGCGAGCUCGCGUGGGACAGCAGUGGGCUGACUUACAGACAAGACUUACAAUUCUAAAUUAAACACAAACAUUUGCUGCUCUUGUAAUGUCUUGACGUUACAAUGUUUCUCCUGUUAGUGAAUGUUGUCUGCGCGAAUGAGUGCGGCACCAGUACUGUAGUUUAUCCAGAAUCGAUUUUCAGGGCUCGCAGUACGUUUGCAACAAUCAGUGGUGAUAUUUUAAAAUAAUUUAUAUUAUGUUUUAUAUACUGAAUUAACAAACGUAAUAAAGAGUGAGCAAUGGCACAUCUUA